AUGGCAGAGGCGGUCUCUUGUUUGCCUUUAGCAGGCAGGGCAGGAAAAGGGUCACUGCUUGACCCAGCGUGUUCACAGGGGGAUGAGUGGGCGUGGGCAUGGGCGAGAGCAUGGCAUGGGCGUGGCGAAGCGGGCGGGCCACCCAGGGCGCGGCGGCGGGCGAGUAAUGGUUAUAUUACCGCCGCCGCUAAUGACAACAUUGGGAGAGGCUGUGGUAACAUUUGCUUUGAGCCGCGGCGGUGGGCUUCCUCAGCGGCCCGGCUCGCAGCACGCCCGCGCCCCGGCCAAUCAGGACCAGGAACGCGUCGCAGGACACGCCCACACGCGGCCUGUCCUCCCAGUGGCUAUCGAUUCCGUGAGGCGGACCAAUGACACGGCGGCGGCGCGCGUGGCGGGCGGGGGCGGAGCACUCGGCAUAGUGCACCGCGGGUUUCCAAGAAGCGGCGUCCGGCGUCAGUGAAACACGAUAUCCCGGCGGUGAGCGUCGCCGCAGCGCCUCUGCCACACCUCUGGCCGCACGCCGCGGACGGGACACAGAACGCAGCACCCCACCCCACCGCCCCUCGUGCCGCCCAUGUGACGCCGCGCCGCUGCGGCCGCCGCUCAGCGAAGCCCUGAGUGAGUGACGGAUGUGAGGCGACGCCUGUGAGACUCAGAGUGGCGCCAGCAUGCCGCGGCCCAGCCGGGAGAGUUACGGCGAGCAGAAGCCGCCGUACUCGUACAUCUCGCUGACCGCCAUGGCCAUCUGGAACAGCGCCGAGAAGAUGUGCACGCUGGCAGAGAUCUACAAGUUCAUCAUGGACAACUUCCCUUACUACCGCAAGAACACGCAGCGCUGGCAGAACUCCCUGCGUCACAACCUCUCCUUCAACGACUGCUUCAUCAAGAUCCCGCGCCGCCCCGACAGGCCGGGCAAGGGCGCCUACUGGACGCUGCACCCAUUCGCCAUGAACAUGUUCGAGAACGGCAGCUUCCUGCGCCGCAGAAAGCGUUUCAAGAUUCCUAAGCCCGAGAAGGUGGGCGCUGGAGGCAGGCCUGGCGCAACUGCACGGCUCCCGGUGGAUCCCAUGGAGGCACCGCGCCUGACGGAGGCCACGGCGUGCCCCGAGGCGCCGCCACACAGCAAGCAGCCCUUCACCAUCGAGAACCUCGCCGCCUCUGACGCAAAGCCGCCCACGCUGACGGCACCCACACCCAUGUACCCGCCGGGAACCCACAUGACCCAUCUCAACGCCCACCUGGCUGGCCUGCGGGGGGCGGAGGCCUACCCGGGCCGCAGCCUCGGAUUCGGGCCGCUGGGUCAUGCAGGCCUGCUGCCGCCCCUGGAGGCUGCCCACCCCACCUCGCUGCCCUGCUCGCUGGGCUCCGCCUUCACCUCCUCGCUCAGCACCUCGCUGGGCGGGCCGCUGGCAGCAUCCUUGGGUAGCUCCCUCGGAGGCCUCGGGGGUCUGGGUGGCCUGGGGCCCGGGGUGGGCCACCUGGGGACGGUGCCCACUAGCCUGGUCCACUUCCCUGCAAACAGCUUCCCUCUCAGGCCCACACCCCUGCCACCAGCACUCUUCCACGCCCUGCCGCCCUCCACGCUGCCCGGCCUUCCGUCACUCAGCCUCUUCCACCCCAAGGUGCGCUGCCCAGCCCCCAUCCUGCAGGACGAGCCCCUGACGGACGACGCCGCGGAGGCGCCGCCCACGGAGGACAAGCUGCCCACAUCGGCCGCGGCCAGGAGCCGACCCCUGGGACUCGUGGGAGGACCGGGGGAGUGCGGAUAUCUGACCAGGGACGCGACACCAGUGACCCUUACCACUCCUUCUAACCCUCACCUCCUCCCCAACACCUGCACGGCCUGUGGUCACGUGCCCCUGAUGGCAGGUGACCGUCAGACCGCGACCCACGCCUCGCAGCGCCCAUCAACCCCGCCCACAACCCGCCCAUACCCCACCCACCCCAUCACCAACCUCAAACAACCUCCUCAUUCAGACCCAUACAAGCGCGCCUCUCAGGACCUUCCAGGAGCCUCUCAUCCAUCCUGCAGGACGUUCUUGAGUGGCUCAUCGGAGGAACUAUCGCGAAGAACCGGUGUUAAAAUUCCCUCCCCAUCUUUCCCUAUCAUUGUUUAA